AUGUUGCAUCGAAUUAUCUUCAUGAUAUGUGUUCUUCUACACCACCAUCAAUUUUUCAGUUCAGGAUUUGUGGUCACCCCUCGGCCAAUAAUUGAAAAUGGCACAUAUAUAAACCCAGAACUCGGUGAGUAUCAUGCCAGGUUGAGAAUUCUCAGUCGGAGCUGCCGGGACAUCAAGGAGAAUUUUGGAGCUACAAGAGAUGGCAUCUAUUUCCUAAAAACAGCAAACGGUGUAGUGUACCAGGCAUUCUGUGAUAUGACCACAGCUGGAGGUGGCUGGACACUGGUAGCCAGUGUGCAUGAGAACAAUAUCAAUGGAAAAUGCACUUUAGGCGACCGCUGGUCAAGCGAGCAAGGUAACGAUCCCAAACGGCCUGAUGGUGAAGGAACGUGGGUGAACACGGCCACAUUUGGCACUGUAGAGGGGGCUGCCAGUGAUGACUACAAGAAUCCUGGGUACUAUGACAUUACUGGGGAGGAUGUGUCAGUGUGGCAUGUUCAUAAUAACGCUCAGCUUGAAAACUGGGCAGUUACAUUCUUGCGCUAUCACACUGAAACCAAGUUCCUCAGACAAAAUGGUGGAAACCUCUACCAUUUAUUUCAGAAAUAUCCAGUGAGGUUUGGAGCAGGAGACUGUAGUCAUGAUAAUGGACCUUCUGUCCCAGUGGUAUAUGAUACAGGUGACAAGGAUUCAACAACGAAACUUUAUAGACCAAUUAAAGAUCAUUUUGAGCCUGGUUUUAUCACCUUCAGAGUGUUUAAUGAGAAGAAGGCAGUGAUGGCUCUGUGCUCUGGGAUCAAACCAACUGGAUGCCAUACAGAACAUUAUUGCAUUGGUGGAUUAGGACCGCCUGAUCAGUGCGGGGACUUCAGUGGCCUGCAGGACUCUCCUGACGCGAGCCCAUUCAGGAAAAUCACAGAGUCAGCAGUUCUGAUCUUCUAUCGCUGA